AUGAAAGGUAAAAAUUAUAUAGGAUUGCCAUUGCAGCAAUCUAAGACGCCGGGAGUGCUGAAGCAACCCGUCAAGAUGCCCAAAGAUGCGGCACCGCUAAAAGACGCGGCACCGCCUCCUGCACUUGCACGUGCACCGGCCGCGACCGACAAUAAAAGCAACGCAGCGGCCGACGACAAACAAAGUGAUGAAAAGCAAAAAGAAAAACUAGAGAAAGAGAAACGACCUAAAGAGAUAAAGCCAAAAGUUAUGAAGCUGGGUGCCAAAGAGGUAACUCUAUUUUCAUUUCCUUUCAUGGUCUUCCACUUGGGGAUAGACAUUCAGUGA